AUGGCCAGAAUGCGCUGUGAGACCUCAAAAGUGACCCAGGCUCAGGUACCCGCUGCGGGGGACCUUCAGCGGGAGGGGACCGAGGAGGCAACCCCACCAUCGGGCCACGAGUUCGAGUCCAUCGCCGCUCGAGCCCACGGAUUCAGCCAUUCCAGGACCGAGACCCCGCCAGAGAACCUCGCCGCAUUGGCCGAGACGCACUACUUUGCUGCCAAUCCACCCCCCAAGGACCUUGAGAAACAUGUUGGGUUGGCUCGCGAAUUCAUCAACUACCACUCCGCCGCCGGAAAACGGCUAGUGUUGAUCACAUCGGGAGGAACGACGGUGCCUUUGGAAAAGCAGACAGUCCGAUUCAUUGAUAAUUUCUCUGCCGGCACUCGUGGAGCCACAAGCGCUGAAUACUUCCUGGAAGCCGGAUACGCCGUUUUGUUCCUCCAUGCGACCGACUGCUUCCUUGACUUCCUCCGGGAAGGCCCUGAUGGCAGCGUCAUCGCCCGCGACGAGGACGCCUCCAAGAUGUUGCACGUCUUGAGGAAGUACCGCGACGCACGGGACCGCAAUAUGUUACUCCUGCUGCCGUUCGUCAGUAUCUCGGACUAUCUCCAUGAGCUGCGCAGCGUUGCACAACUGAUGCGACCACUUGGCCCUCGCGGGCUGCUGUACUUGGCGGCUGCCGUCAGCGACUUUUUCGUCCCCCCGGACCGUAUGUCUGAACACAAGAUCCAGAGCACCGACGCCGUUAAAGCUCUCAAGAAGAGUCAAGGGGUCAAGGCCCGACCACCAUCUGACGAGGAAGAAACAUUCGACAAUUUUGAUUCAUCUCCUAGCGUGCCCAGGAGCAAGAGCCUGGUCAUUGACCUCGACCCGGUACCCAAGUUCUUGAAGAACCUGGUGGAAGGCUGGUCGCCUCAGGGCAUGAUUGUGUCCUUCAAACUCGAGACGAACCCCGCCAUCCUAGUGCACAAGGCCAGGUACUCGCUUGACCGCUACCAACAUCAUCUUGUGAUCGGCAACCUUUUAUCGACGCGGAAGUGGGAAGUUAACCAGGUGUUCGUCUCGCCCGGCAGCCCAGACCGCUGGAUCCGCGUGCCGAGUGGGAACGGGGUGGAAGACGGCGCUCCCGUGGUGGAUACGGAGAAGGCCGAGCCUGCCGACCCCAACAGCUUGCCCGAAGGCGAGCCUGAAGUGGAAAUCGAGAGCCUCAUCAUCCCAGCCGUGCAGGACUUGCAUACCAAGUAUAUCCAGACGGUCGAGGAGAAGGCAAAUGCUUAA